ACGCCAAAAAUCUCCUACCUCAUCAGAUUCUCUCAACGCUCAAGUCAGCGCCUUGCAACCACCACCACCACCUUAUAUACAAUACUCCCACGCCCCUUUGUUUUCACUCUCUAUCUCCCUUUUCUUCCUUGCUAAUAAUUCCUCCCGGAAAAGAAAAUUGUGGAGCCAAUAUACACGCGUAAAAUUCAUCGGAAAUGGAGGCCUUGACCGCCACCAGCGCCGGCGCCGUUUCGCUUCCGAUGUUCUCCGCCAACAAAUCCAGAGGCCCUUCUUCCCGGCCCCGCCUUCGCUGCUCCCCUUCCCCCAAAAAUGACAGUGAUAAUAUUAACACUAACAGCGAACCCGAUAUCAAACCCGAUUCUUCCCACUCCAGGCUCGCCCCUGUCCUCAGAAAUCGUACCCUUUCCAAGGAUGCAGCGAUGGGUUUGGUUUUAAGUGCAGCCAAUGUGAGGGGAUGGACCACCGGAUCGGGCAUGGAAGGCCCAUCCAUGCCCGCCGGUUCUGACCCUGAUCCAGGUACGGAGCGUGUGUCCACUUUCCCAUGGUCACUCUUCACCAAAUCCCCCCGCCGUAGAAUGCGUGUGGCUUUCACCUGCAACGUCUGUGGCCAGCGCACCACCCGGGCCAUUAAUCCACAUGCCUAUACCGACGGCACCGUCUUUGUCCAGUGUUGUGGGUGCAACAUAUUUCAUAAGUUGGUAGACAAUUUGAAUCUAUUCCACGAGAUGAAGUGUUAUGUGAAUUCAAGCUUCAACCCGAACCCGAAUGAUGUUAUGGGCUUCAAGUACUUUGACUUGGAUGAGGACAACAAUGAUGAUAUGUUUCCGCUCUUUUGAAAGGAUCGUUGGCCAUUUUCAACACGUAAUACCACUGUGUGGGAUGAGAAACGUUUAGAAAUCAUGAAACAUUUGUACCGAAAAGAAGGGUGGAAAACAACAGGGAUCUUCCAUCAGUACAUGCAAGAGUUUUCUAUGAAAAUUGUACUGAUUAGCAGUGGUUGAGUUUUAACGGGUGUCUUGAACUGAUGUGGAAGAGCUAUUGCCUAUUGCAGUGCUCCUUGACCAUCUUCGUUUAGCACAAACGCUUUUAGUUACAGUUGGUCAUGGAAUGAUAAUGCGGCCUUAACUUUCAUUACAAGAAGCUACCCACACCAACAGAGCAUUUUCGGGUUGUGUUGCAUAAAUUUCUCAUACAUGGUUGGGCUAGUAAUGAUCCAAGCCUGAGCAUUAGAAGUUGAGCUGAGGCCCCAAAUUUGGUUGGGCUUACGGUGUUGUAAGAAUAGUAAUUGUAGAAUCAAUUUUCGUGUCUUGAUUCAGUUCAAUUUUUUUCAGAUUUUGAGUUAUGAAAAGUCUGGUAAUGAAUUUGGGAA